AUGUGUAUUCGUAUGAUACCUCCAGAAGACGUAUCGGUUGGUACAAUAUCUGCUACUCAAUCUACUUCUCCGAUUACUACUGGGCAAUGUACUGCGUCGUCAUGCCAAACAUCGACGACUAUACCGAUAGGAGGGACUCCUGUAACGGGUUCUCCUGUAACGGGUUCUCCUGUGACGACUACCCCUGCAACUGUAACAACAGCACCUGCGACGAUGGCUCCCGGCUCGUUGUGCACAACAUGUGAUAUAGCUACAAUUGCACCAGCGAUGGAAGCCAACACAGUUUUUGAGAAUACAAAUACAGUAGGAGCCGAUGGGUGUACACAAACCAAUGUGAUAUGCAGAAGAACCGAUGAUCAAAAAUGUACUGGAGUCACUUUAUCUGCUACAAAUGCUGCUGGGACUUCUACCAUUUCCAGUGCUAUGAAUGCGAAUCAAGUCAGCGGAUCGCUCACAUGUCAGGCUGAUGGUACCUACUCCAGUGGCUCAGUCACAGGAAUCACCAAACUCGCAUGUACUUUUGAUACAUGUGUACCUGCUUGCUCAACAUGUGACACAGAAGCUGCUAAACCAGUGAUGGACCCACCAAAUACAGAGUUUCAAAUAACCGAUAGAACCCCCGCUGGGCAAACAUGCAAGGUAUACUCUGCUGCUUGUGUUCACGCUACUCAACAGUGUACAGUUACAAUUUACGCUACAAUGGGUUCAGGAAGCGAAGAGAUGCUUAGUUCAGAUGUCGAUACGGAUCUUACGGCCGCGACAAUUAACUGCGCAACUGAUGGAACAUUGGCAUUCAUGGGAAGGUAG